AUGGAUACUGAUGACCUUUUUGAAAAUAUUCCUGAUAACAGUAUGGCUAAAUGUGUCACUACUACAAGCAAUAGUGUGAAUAUCAUAUCUGAUAUUCCUAUUGUUUCAAAAAGACCUAGCACUAAACUUCUCUCUCCUAUUAGACCCUAUUUUUCACAAAAAACUAUUGAUAAUCA